GUAAAUUGUAGAAUAAUGAAAUGGUAAAAUAUGAAAAUAGUAGCAUGGUAAAAUAGUAGAAUAGUAUUACAGUGAAAUGAUAAAACAAGUAAAAAAGAAUAAAAUAAUAGCAUGUUCGUAUGAGAAUAACAUUUGUCGCGAUAAAAGAAUAUACAGCUAGACAAACAUUAUUCGUUUAUAAUAAAAUGAAAUAGUAAGAUAAUUGGUGAGAUAAAGCGAAUCACGAUUUGAAUCGGCUUGAAUUUUAUUUAUCCCGCAAAUAUUGGUAUCCUUGUUUUAGUUGUGUAGUCGAAUGUGCAUAGUUGCCGGCCUGUCGUUUAACUAAAAUGUCUGACGCUUUUCUCAUAGUUGCCCCGUUUGAUUUGGACGAACACACAAAUAGAAUAGUGGAAUUAGAAACGUUCGCACGGCCAAAAUAUUUGAGGUGCAGCACGCAAUAUAUUUUGUCAUUUUUAUCGUGGACAACAUGUAUUCAUCGGUUACUUAGUACUCAGAAUGGAGUAAGUGAUAUAUCGAACUGACCAUAACUAUAUUCUGUGAUAUUUAGUUCUCUUUUGAUAUUUCUUUCGGAUUUUCAUAUAUUUUAUUAGAAUCUGAUAUAGAUAUUGAGUAUGAACAAUAAAACUUUAAUUGCAUGCAUGACAAAAUAAGAAUUUAUCAAUGACCAAGACAGACAGAUAGUUGAGGUUUUUCAAGAAAAACCGGGAAAGAAACAUAUUAACACAAUGUCGCAAUCAGAGGAUACUUAUGCUCCAGAAGAACCAACAUCAGACAUUCCGAUAUCAUUGCUUGACAUACAAAUGCCAGAAACACCAGAAAGUACAAAGGGUCAAGUUAGCGAUGGAGACACGCCCAGAUUGGAAAGUCCUAAAUUACUUAAACCCGUGCUAGGAAAAGUGCAAGCCAAAAAACGGUUGAUGGCAUUUGCCAAUAAGUUCAAUGUACUACCAAAAGUUCAGAAUAAAUCUAACCUUCUUCAGGCGCAACCGGGUAAACUUUCUAAAUCUAAGAAUAAGUCAAGCGAUAAUAAAUCUUUACAAAAUAAUUCGAAUGCAGGAUUAAACGUAGACUCAGACUCUGCUCAACAAUUUCAUAGUCGCCAUUCAAGUGGUAAUAAAUCAAAAAAGAAAACAGAAGAAAAGAUACUGGCUAUUGAAGAAAUUAGACGUGAAGAAUCCAAAAGCAAGAUGUUAUUAGCAGAAGCUAUGGCUGCAGCUAGUAUAGAAGAUGAAAACUAUGCUAAUAGAAAUGGACAAAACUUGUUAGAAAAUAUAAAAAGUAUUAGGGAAAGAAGUAGACAGGAUGACAUCAAUAAAAGUGGUUCAAAAUCAUCCAUAGAAAGUAAACGUUCGGAAAGGAGGCGAUAUGGAAAAGAAGAAAGGAGAGACAGUAUAAAUAGGGAAUCAAAAGAUUACAAUACUGGUAAAGAAAGAUAUUACAGACUCUCUCAUAACAGGGAACACCAUAAAAAAGAUAGAGAGGGAAAGAAAGAUGAUAAAGAAAAACGGGACGACGGUAACAAGUACGAAGAAAAUCGAGACAAAAAGGAAGAUGAGAAAGAUAAAAAAGAUAAUGACAGGGAGAAAUGGGAAGAUAUAAAGGAUAAGAAGGGAAUGAAAGAAAAGAGAGAAAGUUUUAGGGAAAAGAGAAGUGAUUCGCGAGAAGGAACUGUUGAAGUUAAAGACAGGAAAGAAAAAGAGAAGGAGAGGGAUAGGGGAAAAGAAAGAGAUAUAUUAAAUUCUUCUUCGUGGAUAGAAUUAAAACAGUGUGGCAUAACGAUGCAUGAUAUUAUCGAUGUCAGAAGGCGCGAUCCCACGGAUCGAUUAUCAAAGAAUAGAACAGCCGAGGAUUAUUUACGUCAUUUUGAACAAAUGUUAAUGUUGAAUGAUCAUCGCCUGAGACGAUAUGCUUUUGUUGCCGAAGGACUUGACGGACCUAAAGAAUAUCCUCCGGAAUCGAUAAGAAUAACUAAAAGAGGAAGGCCUCAAAUAUUUUAUUCAGAGAAUCCCCGAAUGUCUUUCUUUCUUAAUCGUCAACAAGUUCUUCAAGCAGUGAACACUGAUCGCCGGGAAAAGAUGCGAGAGAUAUGCGAAGCAGAUUUUAUACGAGAUAAUGCAGAAGAAGCGGAGCACCAUCAACAAACGCGUGAUUGGUAUCCGAAAGCAGGCAUUUGUACGACUACUGAUAAAACAAAGUGGCACGUACCCAUUAACGUACAGCUUCCCAAGUCAAAAUGGGACAGUGAAGAUGAAGAUAGGUUUACCAACGAUACUGCCAAAGAACAGGGGGACGAAGCGAAAUCGGGUGACAUCGAAUCAGAACAGGACCAAGAAACCUUUUCUCCACGGUCGAAUGUAACAAAGGAGACUAUUGAUACUGAUAAGAAAAUUAUUGACGAAGAAAACAAAUCUUCCAGCACCAAAGAAGCGAACGAAAAUAGACAAUCACCAUCUCCUACGCCAUCUUCAGCGGGCAACGAGAAGUUAGCAUCAGAGUACGAGCAGUUCAUGAAGAUGGUUUGCAAUGACAUUCCUGUAAAAGACUUCUCGCCAAAAUCGGUACCAUCUAAAGCAUCUACAUCAACGCUGAGUUACCACGAAUUCAACAUAGAAACUAAUUUGCCAGAAGACAACAAUUUCUCAUUCAUGGAUCACAGUGUACCAGGAAGGUCUGAUAAGAUUGAUAUGAAUCAGGAGGAAGAGAAACUUGGUAAUAACGACAGUCAACAGAACCUGGAUAAAGUUUCCAAGGACGAAGAGGAAGAAAUAUCUUCGAACAGCAGUCAUAGUCAAGAAUGUACAAAAGCAGAGGAUGAAGAGAAGGCGGAGAAAAGUGGAUCGGAAGAUUCAAAAUCGAUACCUAGUGAUUGGGAAAAUGUUCGAAUCAAGGUGGAACGUUUGAGCGAUGAAAAUUCUGAUACCAGAGAGACGAGGAAGAAGCGAAAGCGAAAGAAAAUGACCUCCAGCAGCGAAUCAUCCAGCACCUCCAGUUCCUCCGACUCCGAGGAAGAAGUCAAACGGAAGAAGAAAAAACAAAAGUCAUCUAAAGAUUCGGAUUCGUAUUCGGACUCGGAUAGUAGCGAAAGCAGCAGCAGCUCUAGCAGUGAUUCUUCCAGUUCCGAUGACAAGCGGAAGAAAAGGAGAAAGAAGAAACGGAAAGCUGAGAAGAGAAAGAAGAAAGCGAAAAAAAUAGCGAAGGCGAAAAAGAAGCGGAGAAGAAAAGUAAGUUCCGAUUCGAGUAGCAGUGAUUCUGACACUAGGAAGAAGAAGAAAACAGCGAGUAAGAAAUCGAAAAAGAAGAAAGAACGCAGCAAUAAACAAGACGAAAACGAAGAUAUAGGAAAAACUAUACAGAAGUCUCCUCUAGAAUCUUUGACACCGGAAAGUACAAAGUUAUGCUCCCAGGUUCCGACCAAGAAAAUCAAAGAAGAAGUUAAGGUAGAAUCUAGAAAAAGAUCAACCGAGAAACAUGACAUGUGGAGUCAGGAACAAGAAUUAGUACGAAAGGUGAUCUCAGAUAACGAUGUCUGUAAUAAAAGCCACAAGGAUGAAGAAAAAAGAGGUAAGAGUGACGAGGAGUACUUGGAAGAAUGGGACAUGGAUUCUGUGAUCAUGCCGCAGCAAAAGGGACAAAAGAUAUUGAGAGGUAAUGUCGAGAAGAUAGAGAAUACUGAAAUAGAAAAUAUUAGAAAGAUAGAAAGGAAAGAUGAACGAAGUAAAAAAGAAGAACGAAUUAAAAAGGAUGAACGUUUCAAAGAGAAGUGUCCUUCUGAAGUUAUACAAGAAAGUCUGAAGAUGGAUGAUGACAGUGAUAUGAAGAAGAAGAAGAAAAAGGAUAAAGAGAAAAAGAGCAGUAAUGAAUUUCUCGCUGAUUGGGAGAAAGAGAGCGAACGAAUGUCGCAGCAGAUGAUGCAGGAUGAGAUGAAGCAUUCUAAAAAGUUGGAUAAACAGAAGAAGGAUAAAUGGGGAGAAACCGAAUUUGAUACUUUGAAUGUACCAUCUUUGACACAGCUUGAGAGGGAGGUAAGUAAGAGACAGUUGUUGGCGGAUGACUGGGAGGUUGAUAGUUUAGAAGCCGUACCAGAUUUGUUGCUCAAUAAAAAGAAGUCUACACGUACUUCAAAGAAACUAGAGAAAGAGGUUAGAUAUGAUAAAAAAACAGACACGUACAUUGCUAUAGAGAAAGAGACUCUGAGAGAAUGUAAGAAGAGACAGGAUAGACUGUCUGCAAUGAGAAUUUGGGAAGAGGAGCAAGAGGAAGGAGAGAGAGAAGCUAUGAUUAUGGAGCAAAAGAAGAAACAGAAGAAAAACGAGUGGGACAUUGAAGAGGAAUCAUUUUUGUUGAAUAAGAACGAUAAAAAGGAAUGCAUUGAAAAAGAUGUUUCUACGAUGGACAGUAUUCACAAAGAAGUAAGUGCUAUCAGCAAGGAUAUAGGUACACCAAUGAAGCUUGACUCUAUGUCUGCUAAAAGGAGUAAGAAGAGUCGCUGGGACAUAGCAUCACAGUCUGAGGAAAAGAUAGAACUUAAAGCUCCUGUUAUGUGGGAAGAAGAAUGUGCUGAAUGGACUAAAAUAAACAAAUUUGAACGUAAAGUGGAUAGAGUUUCAUUAGAACAUUGUGAGUCUAUGCUACCAAAAACCAAAAUAAAGGAUGAGAAUAUUUGCAUGGUUGAUCAGCAAUCCAGGAAAUCUCUGUCUAAAAAUUCAUCAAGCUCAGAUAUUAUUGAUUUGUUUUCAAGAAAGUCUCAGGAUGUAGAUUUGUCAAACUCUUCUUGGACACUAGAAGAACAAUCGAGGAACAAGACACGAAUGAGAAGUUUGGAAAACAGUUCUCAAAGAGAUUCAUUUUUUAAUGAAGCGAAAGAAGAAGCAGUAUCAGUUAUAAAUGAACAACCUAUUGCUGAUCAGUUGAAAGACAUAUUUGAAAUGGAUGUAAAAUUGAUGAAAAAGAAUAUUGAAUUGUACAGUCCCAGUUCUCCUGCACCUUCUCAUAAGUCUGAGGAUAUUGAAGCUUUUGAUAACAGUCACUCAAAUUCAUCAAAUCUCAGAGAUGACUUGUCUUAUACCCCAAAGAAAGAAUCUCUAAUCAAAUCUGAUGAAGAAUCCAUUCCCAAUAUUCCUCUUCAAAUAAAGUACAGAGAUAGCAAAUACAUGAAGUCUACCAUAACAAAAGAAGACUUCGAAGAAAUCAUGGGAUCACAAACGGAGAAAGAAGCACCUCAACAAAAAUUCGAUGUGAAAAGCUCAGACCCCUCGCUUGAUCUUUCAAUGAAUGAACCAUAUCCCGAUUCAAACAGUUACAAAUCGUUAAGAAUGGACAUAUUUGCAGAAUAUGAAUCUGACGAGUCACGUAAUAGGUUGAGUAACAAGAGUUCUGAAGUAGCUCCUGCUAGUAGUACAAAAUCAGUGGAAGGAUCCGAAGAAUCCGCCGAAAGCAAAGCAGCUCUUAAACUAAUCCCUAAACAGCUAUUAGUUAGACGAAACAAUGAACGUCCAAAAACAAAAUUGAUCUCUGACGACCCCAUGCAACAUGCUGCAGCUCUUUUAACUAUUCAGAAAAAACUUCGAGAGUCACAUGCUAUGAGGAAUGACAUUAGUGCAUCCUGUGGAGAAUCUUCAAACGACUUCAAGAUCGAAUGUGAGCAAAUGAUAAGUACCGACACAUCUGCAGCUGACAUUGCUCCUGUACAACAGGCCAUUGUCACGGAAGUGGAUUCCAAACAUUUAUCGAUAACACUAAAGACAACGAUCGCGACGAAAGCAGAACUGCCAGCCACAGUAAAACUUUUUGAUCACGUUGAAGAGUAUAGAUCGGAGGAGAAGAUCGAAGCCAAACCAGAGGAGCUGAAGAAACCUAAAAUCUCUAGUAUUAAGGACACCAGUGAUACCGAAGGACAGGCAAGGUCACCCUGUAGGGACCAAAGAAGAAAAAGUCCUAGUAGGAAAGAAAAUAGGGACGAUAAACGAACUACUGAUCGCGGUAAAAAGGAUAAGAAAUACGAGGAUAGGGAAAGGAAUGAUAGGAAGGAUGGUAGGAGCUCGAGGCAAGAAUACAGCGAAAGAAGAAGGUCUAGUCCUUCGGGUAGUCGUAAAAGAAGAAGAAGCGUGAGUCCUAGAAGCUCGUGGGAACAUGAGAGAAGCCGUAGUGAGAGUCACAGUCGCAGUUGGAGCAGAAGUAGGAGUAAAAGUCCGAAGAGGAAAGAUGAGUCGUUUGCUUCUUCGAGUAGGGAGAAACGACCAAACCGAAUCGAUGACGAAAGGGGUGGUAGAUCUAGAACCGACGACAGAAGGGAAAAAUCUACGCGAAGUCCUACUCGGUUCAACGUUACUCCGUAUAAUAAAGAUCAUUUUAAAAAGCACGGAUCUACUAAAGGAGACCGUGAUGAUUGGAACAGAAGGAAAUACGACAGCGUGGAAAGAGAAAAAGAAGGAAAAUCGUACGAGUUACUAGAUGUGUUACGAGAAAGAAACGUAGAAUCUGAGAGACAUAGGGAGAACAGAUUUCGCGGGGACGAGACAGAUCGUGCAUUCUGGCCAUAUGAAUCGGAGAAUAUGUUGCGAGACGCAAACGAAUCUCCGGAUUCGUAUCCCAACGGUGGUCAAGAUUUAGAUCUUGAGUACGAAGAGAAAAUGUAUUAUAGGGACGAGAGUAUCGAAAGAGAGAUCUUAGAAGGCCCACUUCGUUCUGUAUCAAAAUUCAAACACAGGAAAAGUAGAUCCACCGUGAGAAGAGACAGACAAUGGGAAAAGGACAGGGACUCGUUGGAUUUGGACAGACACGUACAUGUUCGGAGACCGGACAAACUACAACCCUCGAGAAAUCGUUCAUCACCUCGGCCAAGACGAUCAUCACCUAGGUCGUCACACGACCGUUUCAGACGUGCAUCUAGAUCGCGAUCAAGAUCCUGGUCGAAAUCGAGAUCUCGAUCCAGAUCAAGGUCCAGGUCCAGAUCUCGAUCACGUUCCCGAUCAACGUCCAGAUCACGAUCCAUGUUACGAUCGAGAUCCAGGUCCAGGUCGGGAUCACGAUCGAGGACAAGGUCCACCUCGAGGUCUGGAAUGAGGAGUCCUGAUCAUUCGAGGACCACUGAACGAUUACGAUCUUCCAGAUCACCCUCUGUGGGACGAGGUAGAAUCAGCGAAACUUCGAGGGAAAGGAAGGAUGAACACGACAGUAUGAAACUAGAUAGUUGCGGUGAAAGAGGUAGACGCAUCGAGACAAUCGUGCAGUCUGGGUUACCUAGGGACUCGACUGUGUUAGACUCAGAUCUGCACCUCGGUGACAAUAUGGAGUCGGUUGCCUCGAGUUUCCAAUAUUCCAACGAGACCGAAGUUGGAAACGAGUAUUAUUAUACUGAGAAUAAUUUGACUUAUCCUCCGUGUAUCGAUGACUCGACUACGAGUUCACCGAAACGUUUGUCUCUCGACGAUAGGUUGGAGCUCGAGUUAGGAAUCAAGAAGCAACAAGAUAGUGCAGGAGUGUCGAGUGAGUAUGGUGACAACUUCAAUUCCAACGUAUGCUACCCAUCACCAACACAACAACAACAGAUGCUCUAUCGCCAACAACCUACUGUUCUACAAGUAGGUAACGUGUUACAAGUGGUGCCUGCAGACUUCAACGGUGUUCCAGCAGCGCGUAGAGAACCGGCUAGUGCCCCGGCAACUCCAGUUGUGCGAGGUUCUAGCCAAGUAGUGCGCGUAGGUAAUGUUCUUCAAGUUGUACCAACGUCGUUGGACUGGAGCGGUGGACAGUCGUCGACAGUUGAUCAGUCAGGAGGAAUGAUGUACUCCGCGACAGUCCCUCAACCUUCUCCAGUUCCUUCAGUCCCUAUAUCCGUACCUGUUCCAGUUCCUGUCCCCAUGCCUGUGCCAGCAGUACCACCCGCAAUGUCUUCGUCCACUCCUGUUGCUACUUUGUCUCCUGUCCCAUUACCUCUUUCCGUACCUGUACCAGUACCUGGUCCGGUGUCUCUUCCAGUAGCACAGACGACGUUCCCGAGGACGGAAGUUACGCCACAAAAAAUACCAGCUCAACCGGUGUACAAUUAUGAAGCCAUCCUGGAGACGCGUCGAAAGGAGCGAGAAGAACGGAAGCGACUACGUGAAAUUAAACGAAAGGAGAAAGAACGUAGACGGAUAGAACGAAUAAACCGACGGGCCCUACGAUUGUUAGAGAAGAACAACUUGCGUCAGACAGAAAACACGAGUCAACAGCAAACUUCAGGUUUAGAUCCGUCUGUUCUGAAAGCGUUGAGGGAAACUGAAGAGCAAGUUGACGCGGGAGAGCAGUCUUCUUCGACGGUUACCGAGAAAGAAGAAGAAACACCGAUCGCAGUCCCUAUUUCUGUUUCUACGGAAGAAGGAGCAGCAGGUGAUGACGACGAGGAGGAAGAAGAAGAGGAGGAGGCAGAAGUAGAAGAUGACGAGGAAGAUGAAGAGGAAGUAGAGGAAGAUGAAGAAGAGGAUGAGGAGGAUGAAGAGAAGUCUUCGUUGCGAGUAAAUAGUCGGCGGAGUGAAGUCGACGACAUUGCUGGCACCAGUAUAAUUGAAAUAAACAAGGUUCAAGUUGAAAUAGAGUCUAAAGAGUGGUUAGAGUUACCACCGGCACCUAUAAAGGGAAUCUUAGUUGCGUCAGGUUUCAGAAGAAGCUCCAUCGCCAACGGUAAUCUGGACGACACUUCUACUCCCGAAAACGAAAGCGACGACAAUACGGACAAAGAGGUUACAGAAGUAGACAAAGUCAGUGAAUCUAAUAAAAACGAAGUCGGUGAAAAUAAGUCUAAAUCGAAAGGUCAAGCCAAAACAAAAUCAAAAUCAACGAAAUCUAGUAAGUGGAAACAGAGAAAUAAAAAGUCUGUACAAUUCGCGGACGGAAUCAAACCUGGAGAAGGUACUAGUCCUAGUGGUGGCGAAGGAGACAUGCCUUCUCCUCCACCUCCUUCGUCGACAGUUACUCGCGUUGGUAUUCGUGAUAUUCGAAGACCAAGUUCUAGGAAAAGCAGGAAACAGGAGAAACGGACACGACCUCCUAAAGCAAAGAAAAAAGUGAAGGUGAAGAUUAUAAAAUUGAAGAAACCUCGUGUGACACCACUGACUGCUAUGAUGAUGGACGACUCGGACGAAUUAGACGACCGUUCUCCACCACCACCGCCACCUGGUUCUCCUCCGCCUCCACAUCUUUGGCCAAGCUAUCUUUCUGCUUACAAUUCUACUGCUCGUACCAGUGAAGCUCAAUCAGCGACGCCUACAAAUUCUAAUACCGUUCAAGCUCCACCACCACCUACGCCACUGCCUCUUUUAGUUCCUCCACCCCCUCUGAACUAUACCAUACAACCCUGCAGCAAGGCGUAAAGUGGUUUUUGUUUUGUAUUUUAGAUCAGUGAUGGGCCAUUACAAUUAUAUACGACGUGCACUCAUGGACACUGAUGAGUGUAAAGUAGACUCUAUAUUGCCAUAGAUAGGACCGUAGCAAUAGACAAUUCUUGGAAUUGGAUAUGUCGACAGAGAUUCUUGCAGUGCUUGAGUUUAAAAAUCUUUUAAAUGUUUGCAUACCUCAUCCCUGCCCGCUCCGUGCACGCCUGUGCCCAUCUACGGACACUUAACCCGUCCAUCACUGUUUUAAAUAAAUCAUUCUACGCUAUUGUGUAGAAUCUUAGAUUAAGUUUAUCAAGUGAACAAUAAGCGACCAUUUAUUUCUCUGUUGAGAAAGGAAACUCGUAAACAACGUAAUGCGUAAAGGCUUCAUAGAUUUCAGAAAACACGAAAUCAUUGAAACCUCACGUGGUGGGACUUUAGGAAAAGUAAUGUAUUAUUUUGUUAGCGACAAAUCAUUGACUGUUUGCUCUUUUUGUAAAUAGCUUUAUUCUUCCCGACACGAUCAUUGUCGCUGUCGAAAUGGGAAAAGAGUUCGUGUAUACAAAUGUUCCAUUGCAUCCAUGUCUCGACAAAUUCGCGUUGCGUUUAUAUAUUUUUCGAUACAAAGAAAGAAAAAAGAAAGACACGAAGAGAGAUCAGAUACAAUGGAAAAUUGUAACGCAUGACACGAAUGUAAUUUAUAGGGACUUGAGAACUCGAAGAUCAAGUUGUUAAUAGCGAUUACAUUGUUGAAGAUGUAAGGUAUUCAUAAAAGGUGAAUUUAUCAUUUGUAUAUUUUACUUUUGUAGUUCAAUGUAAUCGAUACCGAUUGUCUUCAAUUAAGACAUAGUUUAAGAUGGGUCUUGAUGCAAUUUUUCUCUCUGACGUUUAAUUUUUUAAUUACUCAAGCUCAUUUACGAAAACGAAGGUUGUACAUACUCGGGUAUAGAUGUGAUUAGAACAAAAUUUCAUAAUAAUCGAUGAUGAAAAACAAGGCAAAUAAUAAAUAUGAAGAUGAAGCUGAGCUUGAUCAA